CGCGCGGCACCAUGGGAUGUGCGUCAUUUAUAAGCCUCCAGCCGUGACCCAGGAUAGGCGAGUUUUUCUCUUAUUUUCCUAGGAUUUCUCCCGUUUUUUGUGAGUGAAAUACCUUAAAGUGUUACACGAUGACAUGCUAGGGUAUUUUCUUCGAUUUUUGCCUUGGUUUUAGCGAAGGAUCGCCGAUAUAUCAGCGCUAUUCUAAGACCGUCAGGAGGGAUCAAUUUUCAACAUGGCGGACAAUGACAACAUUGUCGAGGUAGAGACAACUGCAUCACCAAAUACAAGUGCUGUUGCUUUAUCCGAUGAUGAUGAAUUUGACAUUCAUGUGUGUGGUCGCUGCAAAAACACCUUCAAUGACCUGUCCAAGUACAUUGAGCACAAAAAAGCAAAAACCUGUACCAAGACCAAAGAGCCGUGCAUAGAGUCUACUACGGAUCAAGUUGAACUUAUACCUUAUAUGGGGGAGGGGGUAGAGAUGGUCACAAUCGUACCGUUGACACCGGAGGAGGAGCCGGCUGAAGAUCAUGCUGAUGUCAAGGAGCCGCCUCAUCCAGUUAACUCAGACCCAACAGAGCAGGCCCCUGGGCUACCUGACUUGGCUGAUGACAGUAGUGCCUCCAAGCCAAGGAGAAGAAAACGCAAAAACUCUACCCCGAAAACUACAAGAAAGCCUGUACGUGCUAUGGAGACACCUCAUGCUGAGGUCUUGAUUCAACCAAAAGUCACAGGGGCUACGGGUGGCGGGGAAACUAUCACUGUACACAUCCCUGAGUCACAGUUGGUGCACCUCGGCGCUUCUACACCUGUGGGCGGCAAGGGUGUGCGCAAACAAGGUGCCACCAGUGUGUUUGUGCCGAUCUACCUUACAAGCCCUACACGCAGCGCCUUCAAAUGUAGUAAAUGCCCAGCAGAGUUCCGCAGCAAGGAGGAGCGUGACGAACACUCAAACAUGCACAAGAAGAACUAUAAAUGCGACGAUUGCAACAAGAGGUACUUUUCUUAUGACGCACUGGAAGCACACAAGCAGACAGAGUCGCAUUCACACACGUGCGACGAGUGUGGGAAGGUGUUCCAUUCGCAGAUCUACCUGAAAAGGCACAAGACCGUGCACGUAGAGGAGAGGAACUUUCCUUGUGAGAUUUGCAACAAGGCGUAUACAUCAGACGCAAACCUAAAAGCGCAUAAGAGGUCCGUACACUGCAUUGAGAAAAAGCACAAAUGCGAGGAAUGUGGAAAAGCGUUCGCUCGCAAGGAUAAGCUCAAGCGCCAUCAACUGAUCCACAUUCCUUACCCGAACCGACCAGUGUUUCCGUGCCCAUUUCGUAGCCACACUGGAUGUACUAGCACAUUCUACCGAGAGGACAAGCUCAAAAGGCACUUAUUUACCCAUUCCAAGGAAAAGCCAUACAAAUGUCAAGAAUGCGGCAAGGGUUUUGCUCGCCGCGACAAUAUGAAUGAUCACAUCAAGACGCACACUAAGGAGUUUAGUCACAUCUGCCCUUUGUGUGACCGAGGCUUCCUCGGUCCGGCCAAGAUCAAGAAGCAUUUGAAAAGUGUUCACGAGAUCAAAGAUGCCGCAGAGCAAGACAAUCUUGUCCAGCAGGGCAAGCAGCCAACGCCAGUCAUUGUGGCGCCUUCAGUGGUUGUGGCUAGUAUGGCUGGGAGUAGGGAGCCUGGGGAGGUUCAACGGCCACCUGUACCACAGGGAAUCAUCGACGGUAAAAUCGAAGAUGAGCAGCUGAGUGAGGAAAGGGAGAAGAGUGGAGGUUUUGCUGAGGUUGUGAAAGAGUCACGUUCUGGGGAAGUGGAACAAGAAUCCAGCCAACCUUCUCCAUCAGCUAGCAAUGACUCGGACGCUACCGUGGAGGACGUAAACAUGGCCGAGCACAUUACGCAGGCCAUAACCUCCUCAAUGGAUGUCUCCAUUCAUCACGACUCUAUCAUGAACCAAGCCAUCACCACAGCCAUCAGCAGACCAGUCUCCCUGCUUAACAGGCCUUCGCUCUCCCAGGGCGUGUCUGACCUACCUACACAAGUCUCUGAACUCCCCUCUCAUGUCUUUAUCCCGCCCAUGGUGCCUACCUCGUCACAUUUGUCACACAUGUCCGACUACAGCACGGGGGACAUUGUGACGAUGCCAAGCGAACUCGUGUCAUUGGUCCGGGGCUGUGAUACGUGAUCACUUCGCCUAGGACGUGACAUUGACAUUGCAGCAAUCUCGAGACUGACUUUAUUGGCCAGGGGCAGCGACACGUGAUCACUUCGCCUAGGACGUGACAUUGACAUUGCAGCAAUCUCGAGACUGACUUUAUUGGCCAGGGGCAGCGACACGUGAUCACUUCGCCUAGGACCUGUCCUGUCCCGAAACUGACCAUCGGCUUGUGACGAUGAUCGCUAUGUGGCUGAAAAAGACGUGGCUAGCCGAUCUGAAACAAUAACUAAGGAAUGGCUGCGCCCCUUGGCCUAAGCCUUUAGACGUCACGCAUUUAUUGUUGACACAGCGCUAAUGGUCAACUAUUGUCACGAGACGUAGAAGCUAAGGCUUUAGGUUAUUUAUGCCGUUUUUAGUUUUAUAUGUACAUAGAUACCUAGGAUCUUUAGGAUCGCUUUAACGGGCUUUAGGAUCGCUAAAAGAGCAUUCGAAAUUUUGACAGCUGCCAUCCGGGCGACCCUUGAAUAUUGACGGGCUUAUUAGAGUAAACGGUAAAUUGAUCGGGAUGUCAUUCAAUCGACCCCGUGCUUAUCUACGUGUUACAGUUUACUCCGCUAGGUCAGCAAGACACUUGAUUGAGGUUGAUUUUGUGGUAUUGUAUUUUGUCAGUUAGAAGGAAAAAAAGCUUAACUUCUAGAAUACAUUUGAUACAUACAAUACCGAAUACAAGUGUUUUGGUUUCGCUGGUAGCGUGUUUAUUUGAGUAGCAAUCUAAUUGCAUAAGCAGAAUAUGUAUAAUAUAGCAAUAUGAUUCGCAAUGAAUUUUACUAUAUUUUAGAUCCUUUUCACAUUAUUGGAUAAUAGAAGAAGUGUAUCUGUUUACAGCAUGAACACUAAGCAUAUAUGCAUAUAGAAUAUUUACCUAAUUAUGAAUACAAUAAAGAAAGGCGUUAAACA